AACUCGUCGGACUGAGAACAGGACUUCAAACUGGACUUCAAACUGAUGGAAGUCUCUCAGGGGUUUGGACUUCAAACUGGUGGAAACUUCCCUGAAGACUGGUGAAACUGGUGGAAGUCUCUCAGGGGUUUGGUGGAAAGACCCUGAAACUCUCCCACCAAACCGGUGGAAGGAUCCGACCCCGUGCCGGGUUCCGCCGCCGCUAGUGGCAUGGGGCGGCCGACCUCUUCGCCUGUCAUGGUGUGGUUAGAGCGACCACGUCGCCAGGGUAGGUGCGGUCAUAAUGAGAGUUGGAAUUUGCUGAAUGCAUAGCCGCAGAAAAUGGCUUUAAGAUGCUUUAAGGAAUCAGCAAAAUCCCAUCCUGCAGCACGUGGGAGGGAUCUUCCCUUCGUGGAUUGCGAGGUUCAAGGGCUUUUUCCGGUGUUGCUGUUUCCAACAUGUGGUUGGCUUGGGUUGGCUCACUGUCCUGGUACGAUGUGUGUUUCUUCAAGCCAUAUGCGGCUCGGGAUUCAAUGAAGCUUUUUAGACCGCAACGCGCUCUGUGGACUGUGUGGCCACUCCUGUGCAGCUUGCACAGUCUUGGCGAUGCUGCAAAGAUACGAGUUGACCAGACAGUGAUCCAUACAGAGGAAGACAACGAACCCCAAUGUGGUGCUUUGACCAAAGAUGGGGGCAUUUCGCCGAACGUGAACGACUUCACCUCAAAGAAGAGGAUGGAAGCUGCUGGCUGGUCGUGGAGCAAAUAUACUGAGCACAGCUGGAAACCAAAGACAUAUUCCAAGAAUGUGCCUCCCGGGUCCUAUUGGGGCUUUGUCAGUGGCGGCCCUGUGAUGGAGUUGUCGCUGACGCUGAAGGGCAAGGGAACACUGCUCAUCACCUUUGGCAAUCAAUGCUGUGGCAAUACACAAGUGAAGCUGAAUGGAAAGUCCCUCGCCAAAGCCUAUGCGAAGGAGAUUAGUCAUUAUAAAGAGAUUCACUUCAACGACGGAGACACGUUGACCUUUGGAGAGUACAACACUGCAGUCUUGAUCAUCUCGGAGGUGCACUUUGUGUGUGGUGCCCAUGUGGAGAAGUUUGCCAAUCUCGACUGUGAAGGCAGCAACGUGAACGACUUCUCCAGCAUCGAUGCCAUGAACGUGGCUGGUUGGCGCUUUAAGGGCUUCAACGAAAAGAAGUAUCGCUUUAAGCCUGGUGGACAGUUCGGCAAAGGAGUACCUCCAGGCUCUUAUUGGGGCUUCAAGGGCCAUAACCCCGCCUUGGAAGCCUUUUUGACUCUUCGUGGCCAAGGACACUUCUUUUUGUCCUUCGGAAAUGCAUGGAAAGGCGGAAAGGUGAAGGUCUUCAAGAACAAUGAACUGCAGGCCACUGCAGGACCCAAGAGUUACCAUCAGAUCACUCGCAGCUUCGUCGACGGCGAUGAGCUCAAGUUGGGAGAGUACAACACGGCGAUCUUGGUGAUUGCAAAGCUGUGGAUCUCCUGCGAGGAGCGGAUCGAGGCGAAGUGCGGCGCACGCACACCGUUGGGUCUCACCACCAACAACGUGAACAACUUUCAGAGUCGUCGAACCAUGGAGAUGGCUGGCUGGACCUUCAAGAAUUGGCAAGACGCGGACUUCAAGCACAAGAACUAUAAGAAAGGAGUUCCUGGUGGGUCCUACUGGGGAUUCCAUGGUGGCGAUAAAGCCCUGGAGAUGUCGCUGAUUCUGAAAGGAAGUGGGCGCAUAGCACUUUGGUACGGCAAGCAAAUCAAGCAUGGCUCCGUCGAGGUGAUGAUCAACGACAAGCGACAGGAUCAAAUCAAGAAAGGCAAGAAGGUGUUGAACAAGUACUUGGAGUUGAGCUUCAAAGACGGAGAUGUUCUGAAAAUCGGAGAGUAUGCCACCUCGGUGACGAUCUUGACCAAGGUGGUCUUCGAUUGCGCCCCGGAGAUUCCAGCACCAAGCAGCCAGUGUACCGCGGAGAAGAACCUCAACAACUUUGGAUCGGUCAAGAAGAUGAAGGCUAAUGGUUGGGUCUUCAACGCGAAGAAGUUAAACUUCAAGAACAAGAGAUAUGGGACAGGAGUGCCCGCGGGCUCCUUUUGGGGCUUCAGAGGUGGCAAACCGGCCCUGGAAAUGUCCACCACCUUGAAGGGCAGUGGCAAGCUUUUGGUGGUCUACGGCAAUCAACACAAUGGGGGAGUGGUGAAAGUCUUCCUCAACGACGAACAAAUUGGCAUUGCUGGGCGUCGGAAGCUGUAUCAAUAUGUGGAGACACCCUUCAAAGACGGUGACGUGUUGAAGCUGGGUGAGUACAAUACAGCUGUCAUGGUCGUGACUCGUGUGCUGAUUGACUGCGCGCUCAGUAGUGCUCCUUCUGGAAAGGCAUGGUGCAGAGGGACACUGUCAGGCACUGCGGAGAAGGGCGGCUGCAACGACAAGCUGGAGAAUUGCGCCAACCACUACAUCAGCACAAGCACCGAAGGUCUAUACCUGCAGUGCGGACCUUCAGGUCUCAACUGUUUGGCUAUCGGACCGGCAUGUGAACCGGUACCUACUUUGUAGAAUGUAC